AUGAGCUUCCGUGGGCGCCGGGGGAACUUCAAUGGGCCCCGUGACGGCGGCCGUGAUCGCGGUGGAGGUCGUUAUGGCCGUGAUGAUCCUGGGCAGUAUCCUCCUAUGCCCCCCGGCCCUCCUUACGGCGGCGGCGGCGGCGGCGGCGGCGGGGUUGACUACGGCCACAGCUACCAAGACAAUCAUUCCGACUCGGGCCCGAGUCGCGGACGGCGAGGCGGCCCGCCGCGAGGUGGACGGGGUGGUCGUGAUGGCACUGGUCCGCGCCGUGAUCGAGACCAAGGCUACGGUCGAGACCGUCGCGACGAGCCUUACCCGCCGCAUGGUCGCGACCGCCAGGAGCGCGGACCUCGUAAGCCUCCUUUCCGAGCGGUCCUUACCCCAGCCAACGACGGCCCGCGUCGCGGGCUGCCAGACCCGGUGCGACCCAAUCCAUCCAAGCAGGUCCGUCUGGAGCGCUUGGCGCGCGAGCGCGUCUCUCGCACUCUCUUCGUCCGCAACAUUGCUUAUGAGACGGCGUCAGACAAGUUCCGCGCCGACUUUGAGCGGUUUGGUGAGAUCCGCGAGUUGUUUGACUCGAUCUCGCGCCGCGGCCUGGCCUUUGUGACUUUCUUUGAUGUCCGCGGUGCCGAGGCGGGACGUCGCGAGAUGCACGGGACCAAGAUAUAUGGACGCGCGAUCGACGUGCACUUCGGCCUGCCUAAGGAGCACGACAGAGAAGGCCCGUGUGACCAGUCUAAGAACCAGGGCUCGCUUCUUGCAAGCAUCCAUCCCCCGCGUCCCUUGCAGCCUGACGAGCUGGGUCCAGUGGCGGAGCAAUCGGGAGCUAUCAAAAGCAUCCGUGAUGGGAACCACCCUGCCGAGAAAAUCGUUGAGUUCUACGACAGCCGAGCGGCUGUAGACUUCCACGACCGCAUGGCCAGCCGCCCCUUCGGCGGAGGCACCCUGGACCUCCAGUACAUCUGGGACGAAGGUGAGGUAGUCAACCCGGACCCUGUUCGGGCGGACGCUGUAAUCUCGUCUACAUUCGUCAACCGCCGCGAGUUGCUCGAUCGUGAGGGCCGCAGCCACGAAUACCCGGAACUUUUUCCGGACCGGUAUCCUGAGCGUCGUGGUCAGAGUCCCCCACGGAGGUACGGCGGCGGCGGUGGAGGAGGCGGCCGCUACAAUGACGCGCCGCCAUCUCAUCCGCCGCCGUCCCAACAAGAUCCCGGUCGCCUGGAGGAGGCCCGAAAGGUGCAGAAUUUGCUUGCGUCACUGGGCAGUGUCCCAGCCAUUAACCCCGGCGCUGGACCUGAUGUUCGUGGUCCGCCGCCUCCGAGAUCGGGAUAUGGCGGCCCUCCCCCGCCUGGCCCUCCUCCUGAUCCGCGCCGUGACUCGUACUCUGGGCCGCCCCCGCCUGGCCUUGCUCUUGAUCCGCGCCGUGACUCGUACUCUGGGCCGCCUCCGAGCGCUCCUCCGAUGAACUACCUUCCCGGCCCAUCGCCGGUUCCCUACUCGUCUGUUUCGUAUCCCCCUCAGUCCUCAUCAUACCCACCGCCGACCUCAUCGUACACGCCGUCGAAUUAUCCGCCGGGCCCACCCCCCAACUCUUACCCUCCGCCUGCGCCUGCAUCGUCCUACCCUCCUCAGCACUCUCCGCCUGCGCCUGCGCCUUCCUAUGCGCCGCACCAUUCGCCUGUCGCGUCCAAUACUGCGGUCCCGUCGCAGGUCCUCGCUAUGCUUCAGCCCCAGCAGCAUGGACAACAGGGGUACAACCCCAACCCUCCGCGCCAGCCUUACGAUCAGCGGCCCAUGUACAACCCGCCCCAGCCUCAGCAGGGAUACCCGCCUGGCUCUGGCUACGGCGGCGCCCCUGAGUACAGCCCUGCGCGUCCUCAGCCCAGCUACGGAUCACAUCCGCCGCAGCAGCAGGGAUAUGACCCCAAGAACGGCGGCGAUGUGGGCAGUCUUCUGGCGAUGCUGAACAGAUAG